AUGGCUGCCACAGUGACUUCGUCUGCCCCGCCUUCAGGCCCCAAAGGCAACGUCUUCGUCGGAACUGAGGGAAUCUACCUCCUGCCGCAUCAUCAACGGGAGAUUGAGCGACUCCAAAAACAACACAACUUCUUUUUGUCAUCUACCAAUGGCAUUCUUCUCACAGUGCCUUUGCAGAAUCAGUCAGACUGGCGGAUUUUGGACUCUGGUGCUGCCGAUGGCACUUGGCUUCGCUCUUUAGCCCAGAAUUAUCCCUCUAAGAAUUGGUCGCUCCAUGGGGUCGAUAUUGGCUCGGCUUUGUUUCCCCUCUCAUCUGCGAACGGACCGGUCCUGGAUCUACAAGAGCUGGAUAUUCGACAGCCGGCGCCGGAAAGCCUUCACUGGGAAAACAGCUUUGAUCUGAUCCAUCAGCGGCUACUCAUAUGGGGCCUUCAAGGCCCAGAAUGGCUCAAAGUUCUUCGAAACCAACGAACAUGGCUGAAGCCUGGUGGCUGGAUCCAGCUCGUCGAGGCUCAAUGGGUCGACAAAGAUGUAGCCUUCGACCCUGUCCAAUCCCCCAACCUGGCCAAGAUGACCAUCAUGCAGAAAUGGAGCACAGCCGCGUUCGGUAUGAAUAUUUACAUUGCCUACGAUCUCGAAAAUCUGCUACAGGAAGCGGGGCUUGAGAACAUCCGCCAAACCUCUUUCAGUCUAGGCUACGGAGCAAAGGCUCGCGAGGAGCAGUGGAAGGUGCCCUCGGCAGAGAUGUGGGUGGACACCUUCCGUAGCUUGGGUCAUAAAAUGCCACCUGAGGGGAUCCAUGGCGUGGCGCAGACCCCGGACGAGUUCGAUGCGUUCUUGGAUGCUUUGAAAGUGGAAGUUUUGGAACAAGGAUAUGCGCCCCAGUUAAACUUUGUCAUCGGACAGAAACCUCUGUAG